UUUGAAUAGUGCUGUGGUUAAUUAGCUGCCUCUGUAGUAUCAUAGUCCAGUUUGUGUUGCGCAUUUCGUUCAUUCUCUUCACCGUCGGUCGGAAACUACUUCUCUUAACAGUGUGUGUGUUAUUCGUUAACGUGUAUGUAAGAAUGUACAAUGAGUUGCUUACAUCAGCUCAUACUAUAGCUACUUUUCCAGAGGAAGAGUUGUAGUAGUUAGCAUUAGCAGUGUAGUUCACUGACCCUCGGAUACAUGGCGACUUAAAGAGACUUUGUGUUACAUCUCCAAAGUCCAGGUUUUUUUUAGCAAAAAUGUCUCAAUUUGCUGACGCUGACGACACCACUCCAUUGCUCAGGGAUGAUGCAAGCAGUGAUGGCUCUCAGGAUGGAGAUUACAAGAGUCGGUGGAGGUCAAUCCGAGUCAUGUACUUCACCAUGUUUCUCAGCAGUGUAGGUUUCACUAUUGUCAUCACAUCACUGUGGCCCUAUUUGCAAAAGAUUGAUGAUGGUGCCAAUGCCAGCUUCUUGGGAUGGGUGGUGGCAGCCUACAGUCUCGGCCAGAUGUUGGCCUCGCCCAUUUUUGGCCUUUGGUCCAACUACCGGCCACGCAGGGAGCCAUUGGUGUGUUCCAUCGUCAUCAACCUGUCAGCCAAUAUCUACUACGCCUACGCAUACCUGCCGAGUACCAAUAACAAGUUCCACUUGCUCAUGUCCAGAGCCUUUGUGGGCUUUGGAGCAGGUAAUGUUGCUGUGGUGAGGUCUUAUGUUGCUGGAGCUACAUCACUGAAGGAGAGGACCAGUGCCAUGGCCAACAUGAGUGCCUGUCAGGCCUUGGGUUUCAUCCUGGGACCAGCUCUGCAGGCAUGCCUAUCGUUCAUUGGUGAGCAUGGUGUCACGGUAAAGGGCAUAGACCUGCAGCUCAACAUGUACACUGCUCCUGCUUUACUGGCUGCAGCUUUUGGCCUCGUCAACAUCCUGCUGGUUGUUUUUUUGCUGAGAGAGCACCGUGUUGAUGACCAUGGAAGACACGUUCCGGCCAUCAACUACACGUCGGAAGAUACUGAUGACAUUAGUGAAGAAACUGAGGAAACCAUUGAUCAAGUAGCGGUCCUGACCUCCAACGUCCUCUUCUUCGUUGUCAUGUUCAUCUUUGCUGUCUUUGAGACAAUUGCCACCCCUUUGUCCAUGGACAUGUUCGCUUGGACAAGGAAAGAAGCGGUGUUAUACAACGGCAUCAUCAUCUGCGGCAUUGGAUUUCAAUCCGUUCUGGUGUUUCUAGUUGUGAAAGUGGCCUCUCAAAGGGUCGGGGAUCGCCCUGUGUUUCUAGCAGGCUUGGCCAUUAUAUUCUGUGGCUUUUUUAUGCUGCUUCCAUGGGGAAAUCAUUACCCUAAAAUCCAGUGGGCAGACCUCAAAAACCACUCUUUGGUCAGUGAAAUAUCUAAAGACACGAUAGCCUCCAACAACUCUUUAGAGCCGACAGGCUGCCCGUAUGAACAGACCUGGUGCCAGUAUACUCCUGCCAUCAAUCUGGCCCAGUACAUCUCAGCUGACAUCCUCAUCGGGGUGGGAUACCCGGCCUGCAACGUGAUGUCCUACACACUGUAUUCCAAAAUCCUCGGACCCAAACCUCAGGGUGUGUACAUGGGGUGGUUGACAGCGUCAGGGAGCGGAGCGCGGACGUUGGGCCCAGUCUUCGUCUCCCAGGCCUAUACCCUCCUGGGACCCCGCUGGGCCUUCAGCCUCAUCUGUGGCAUGGUGGUAGGGUCCAUCAUCCUCCUCUGCUGUGCUUACCACAGACUCAUCUCCUUUUCUGUACGCCACGGAAGGACUAUAGAAUAACAAGUGAAGAUUCCCACUGGAGAGACGGAUGGCAGUUUCCUACGAAUAUUCUCAAAAACUUAAAAUCCAGGUUAUAAUGAAGACUCAACUGAUAAGCCUUUGAGAGUUUGUGACCCAGGGUUGACCUUUUCAACUCUAAGGCGAAGAAAUAAGGCCAGGUUAUUUCUCAUGACUUGACCAAAGACGGCUGCUUCGCGAGUUAAAAGGAAGCUAGUGCUGCAGCUGCUCGCUCACUCACGUGUUGUGAAAGUGAUUGUAUUUUUAAAUUGAGUUACUGAAUGCACAAUUUUUAUGUAAUCGCAUUGUUGGUCUCAAAGAUGAAUUAAUUAGGACAUUUUUAAUACUCAGACUACUUUAGCAAAGCCUUUGUCACCUGAAAAGGUUCUCAGAAUGUCUUUGCAUUAAAUUUUAACAUUAGAUUGUGAAGUCUACGGGCACAUGGACUGUGCACAGGAGCAGCAACAGUGACCUAAUCACGGGUACUUGAAAAUACAUUUUAUCAAAUUGAUAUUUAGUUUUUGUCAACAUAAAAUGUGCUGACUACUGAAUUAUGUUUGAAUCAUUGGAUGUGCCAAACAUCUUCAAAAUUGUUAUUUUGCUGUUUAAAUCAUGAAAAUGGGAGACGUCAGUUUUACUGUGCAAUGAUUGUUGUCGUGCAAGAAAUGUACAGAGAAACAAACAUUACAUAAUAUAUAUAUACGUAUGCUUUAAACAUUUCCAGUGAAACAUUUCCACAUUUAACAGUUUCCCUCUAAAGAAAGAUAUUUCUAUUCCUAUUAAUGGCUCCACUGGUAGUUGUUUAAAACUACAGGUUGCUGUCUACCUGAAAUCCUUCAUAAAAUGAUGAAUGUGUGGGUGCUAAUUAUUUACUGAGUGAUGCAUUAAAGGUUUAAUAUAAUCUUGAA